AGUAUUCGUGCGACCCAACUGCUGGAGUGUCAGGGUGUCCCAAAGGAGAGCAUUUUACUAUUAUUUGUUGAGAACGCAACGGAGAGCGGAACAUCAGCGGUCUUGCGAUGCCUCACAGUCCCAGAGUCAACACGAAACGAUACUAAAACAGUGUACGCGUCUCAACAAGCAACAACGCCUUCUCCUCUCCCUCCUUUUUCUCCCUUUACGCAUUCUUCUUUCCUUUAUUAGCCAUGUUGACCCGGUCGGUGCUGCUGCGAUCCCGCGUGCCGGACAUCGGCCAUGUGACCAGCGCCAGGUUCAAGUGGGCCUCCUACACCUUCUGGUACGUCCUCGACCCGAUUCUUCGUCGACACCACGCGUACUACCGUUACAAGGUGCAGCUCGAUCGCUUCCUGGAGCGCAACAACAUCGCCGUCAACACCGCCAUCGGCGUUAUCGUGGGCGUCACGCUGUACUUCACGCUAGUGCGGGGACUUCUGCUGCCGCCGGCGAUAGGGGCGAAGGAGCACUCUAUCAAGGAGAACGCGCGCGAGGUGUUGAGCUUGAUGGAGUGCGACACAUCGAAGGAGCUGCCGGCGUACCAGCUGAUGCGCGCAAAGCGAGAGAUCAUCGGGAAGCUGCACGCCGUCGCGGAUGAGGCGGAGGUGCGCCGGCAACGUGAGGAGGUGGAGAGGAUGAACGCCUUGCUGAAGAGUCUGCCGUAG